CUCCCCCAAGUGGAGAAACAAAUUAUAGACGGUCAAGUUGUUGCGGAAGUGACAACCUUUCGGUAAACGACAGACAGCUAAAUCGCUAUCGUAAAUGAAAUUGUUGUCCACAAAUAAACUGUAGAAUAAAGACGUCGACGAAGAGGCUGCAGGUCCUAAUGUGGAGGCAGAGCAGAACUUGCGUUGAGCACCUGCCUGUGUUGCCAUGGGUUCACCCCCCUUGUUCCUGCUCCUCCUGGGCCUGACCCCUAUGCUCUGCCUGACUGUUCAUACCCUCCACACGUCUGCCCCUCCUGCGGCUCCUCCACCCUCCUGUGGGCCAGGCCAGUCCUGGGCAGUCCGGUUGCACACAGACUCAGAGCUGCUGGAGGCUGAAGGCUCCACCCUGCACGAGCUGGCCAGCAUGGUGGCUGAGCAGGCUGGCCUGGAGAACAGGGGCCAGAUAGGGCAGCUGGAGGGCCACUACCUGCUCUGUGCCGGCCCCGAGGAGGAGGGCAGACCGGGGGACGUGCUGGCAGCCCACCCUCAUGUGCUCUGGCACUCCAAAGAGCAGGUCCUCAGCCGUUCCAAGAGGGCAAUGGCCUUCAACGACCCCAGAUACCCCUUACAGUGGCACCUGCAUAAUGAUGUCAGGGAGGGCAUGGACAUCAAUGUGACUGGUGUAUGGGAGCGCAACAUCACAGGGACAGGGGUGACAGUGGUGGUCGUGGAUGAUGGGGUUCAGCACACCCUCCAGGAUAUUCAGCCAAACUAUAGUCCAGAGGGCAGUUAUGACUUGAACUCCAACGACCCAGACCCCAUGCCCCACCCGGACGCCCUCAGUGACAACCACCACGGCACGCGCUGUGCUGGGGAGAUCGCCGCCGUCUCCAACAACAGCUUCUGUGCUGUGGGCGUGGCCUAUGGCAGUAAAGUGGCAGGUAUCAGAGUCCUGGAUGGUCCACUCACAGACAGUAUGGAGGCUGUGGCUUUCAACAAGCACUACCAGAUCAACGAUGUCUACAGCUGCAGUUGGGGUCCUGAUGAUGAUGGCCGCACUGUCGAUGGACCACACCCCUUGGGCAAGGCGGCGCUGCAGCACGGAGUGAUUGCUGGCAGAAGGGGCUUCGGCAGUAUCUUUGUCGUCGCCAGUGGCAACGGGGGCCAGUACGAGGACAACUGCAACUACGAUGGCUAUGCUAACUCAAUCUACACUGUUACCAUUGGAGCAGUAAAUGAGGAAGGGAAGAUGCCAUUCUAUGCUGAGGAGUGUGCCUCCAUGUUGGCUGUCACCUUCAGCAGUGGGGGCAGAACGCUACGCAGUAUUGUGACGUCAGACUGGUCACUGCAGCAGGGCACGGGCUGUACUGACGGGCACACGGGCACCUCGGCGGCGGCACCCCUGGCGGCUGGCAUGGUGGCUCUGAUGCUGCAGGUCCGGCCCUGUCUCACCUGGAGAGACGUGCAGCACAUCAUCACCUACACAGCCACACAGUAUGAUGUGCAAGGGGACUGGAAAAUCAAUGGAGCGGGCUUCCACCACAGUCACCAGCACGGCUUCGGCCUGCUCAACGCCUGGCGGCUGGUCAACGCUGCCAAGGUGUGGGAGAUGGUGCCGUUCCUAGUGUCCUAUCAGAGCCCAGUGCUGAAGGAGGAGGAGCUUAUCCCAGCCUAUCCGGGUCAACUCAGCCUAACCUGGAACGUCACUGCAGCUGACCUCAGGCAGUCCGGGAUGCAGACCUUGGAGCACGUGUCUGUCACCUUGACGAUGGUCCAUACUCGCCGCGGCAACGUGGAGAUUGUACUACUCUGCCCCAGUGGCAUGACCUCACUCAUCGGGGCGCGCCGUACUCUGGAUAUGGACACCUCCGGUUACUCAGACUGGACGUUCUCCACUGUACGCUGCUGGGGGGAGAGAGCCGAGGGCCAGUACAGGCUGCAAGUCUCUGACCACAAAGACCCUGGGUUGACCCUGGGCUCUCUGAAGCACUGGAAGCUCACUCUGUAUGGCUCCUCUCUGUCCUUCGAAGAGGUCAAGGAGAGACAGAGUGUAGUGGAGGAGGCUAUGGGGGGGCAGUAUCUGGACAGCACUUUCUCCCUGCCCUGUCCUGCAGGCAUGGACAUCCCCUCUGAGACGGUCAGCCCGUUCACCUCCAAGAGCCUCAAGUCUCUGCUACUGCUGGGCUGCUUUGCUCUCUUCUGGUCCCUGUACUACACCCUGGAGGUGACCCUGGCCAACCUGGACUUUAGGGGGCUGUGUCGGCGGGGCAGGGGGACGCGGGGCUCCCGCGGGGGCCGGGGGAGAGGCACUGGAACUCUGGGGGACAGCUCUGAGCUGGAGAUGCAGAGUGUGUCGGACUCAGAGUACAAGGUGCCCUUCAUCACUGGAGAUGCUGCCACAUAACACUGGAGAAAACCUCUGUCCUUUCUCCUUACGACAUCCCACCCGCCUCUCAUCAGUCUGGGCCUGGCGCCAGUGGGGCCAACUGAACUGAUCUGGAGACUGAACUAUGUGGGCUGGAACUGUGUGCUCACUGGCCAACCCAUUGCUCUCCAAGCCUGUGGCCUUUUAUCAGCGUUGCAGUGCCCCAUGUGUGUGAAUAAGUGUACUGCGGUGGAUUAACCUAAACCCCCUGGAUCUCUCAGGACCCUCCGGUCUCGCCUAGCAGUGCUAUAGAGGUGGUAGUUUGGCUUGGUCUUUGGGUUAGAGUAUGUAUCACUAGUUUGGUUCAAUCCCUUACCUGGGUCUUUUAGUGUGGGACUAGGUGUGCCGGACAACCAGACAGAGCAUCACUCCUGGGGCGGUUUCCUGGACAACCAGACAGAGCAUCACUCCUGGAGCGGUUUCCUGGACAACCAGACAGAGCAUCACUCCCGGGGUGGUUUCCUGGACAACGAUUAAGGCUAAUCUUGGUCAGGAUUAGGUUUAGUCUGGGUUUAUGUCAGACUGCUGUGUAUGUGAAUGUGUUUUAAAAUGUAAAUGGUGUUUGGUUUUGAGGAUGUGUGUGAGUGAUAUUGCUCUUGAUUAUGGUUACUUUUUAAGUUAUUUUUUUAAAUUAAAGGUGUUACUCAUAGGAUUUUAUAAAAAUGUUGCAUUGUAAUUUCAGAAAAUGUCCAUAAUACACUGUGUACAAAACAAACACCUUCCUAAUAUUGAGUUGCACCCUCCCUUUUUUCCCUCAGAACAGCCUCAUUUUGUCGGGGCAUGGACUCUACAAGGUGUGAAAAGCAUUCCACAGGGAUGAUAGCACAUGUUGAUGCCAAUUAUUCCCACAGUUGUCAAGUUGACUGGAUGUCCUUUGGGUUGUAGAACAAGUUGCUUUCGGUCCACCAGCUUCAAACAGCUGUAAAAAAAAAAGUUAUUAUUGAAAAUAGAUUUUGCAACGAUUUAGAUGGUACAAUGAUUCCCAACACUAUUCAAUGCUUUUUUUCGCACAUAAACUGAAAUUGAGCGAACAGUGUAGAAUUUGAGCAAUUUCCACUAGAUAAGACAGAACAGCUUUCCUAUUUUAACAACAGAUACCGUUCUGGUGGGAGAAUAUCACAGCCAAUCACAACACUAGCUGCUAAUAUAAUACUUUGAAACACUAUUAGCGACAGAUAUUUUAUGGACAUUUUCUGAAAUGACAAUGCAAAAAAUAAAUCCUAUGUGUAGAAGCUUUAAAGCUACAAUAUGUAACUAUUUGGGCGACCUGACCAAAUUCACAUAGAAAUGUGAGAGAUAUUUAAUUCCUAUUGAAAGCAGUUUAAGAAACAGUAGAUCUGUUCUGUGUGCUAUUUCAAUGCUUCCCGUUCUGAAGUUUUGUUUUUGCUUCUUUUGCUUUCGGUUUUGUACACCAACUUCAAAAAGCUGAAUAUACAAUAUUUUUGGUUAUGGAAAAUAUAUUUCACAAUGACUUAGAUGGUACAAUGAUUCUCUACACAAUGACUGUUUUGUCAAACUGAAAUUAGGCCAACUAUUCUAAUUUUAGCAAACAGGAAAAUGGUGGAGCGAUUUCUGCAUAGUGCACCUUUUAACUUAAUUAUUUUGUAAACAGACCUCCCGUUUGGGUGUGGUGGUUUUGGGAUGUUAUUUUGUGCAGACUAUAUACAUUUUUCUGGUACUUGAACUUGAUUUGGGAUCUGAAUGUGGGGUUGAAUGUGUUUUUAAAUUUUUUGUAUCAACUGUAAUAUGUUACAAUCAUCAAUAUUUCAGAGUUUGAUUUUUUUAUGAACUGAAACAAAGAUUUUAUUUGUAUUUACUGGACUAAACUGGAAGCCUGUUCUGCUGUGCAAGUCACAGCUUGACUGAGUAAAAUGAAUUGGGAUUUUCAGGCUGGAUCAUUCCCAUAAUUUCCCUUGAAAUCAAACCAGUGGAAUUUAGGACGAAGUAAGUAUUUCAAAAUCAUUCUUGAGUCCCACUAUUGCCGGCGUGUUUUGGAUUUCUAACCCCUUUUUAAACAUUGUCUGACCUACAACAGCUGGGUUGUUGCGUUAGUCUGUGUGAUUAACGGGGGUUGAGCUAGAGUGGUGUUUGAGACAAGGGUGGAUCCCGAGAAAUGGUUAUUCUCAAAAACGUGUGUAAAGUCCGAACGGUUUGAGCUACAAAACAUUAUGACCAUUUAUUAAAAGCGGACCCUAGUCGUUAGAAGGCAAGAGGUUCUUCUACAUAGAAGAUUAUUGGAAAUCCCAGGACAUAGUGUCUUUUAAUACUGUAAUAAGCUCAGUUGCUGUCAAACUCUAAACUCCACACAAUUGUCACUGACUAAUUGGAUAUUCAUUUCCCACCGAGCAAAAAAAAUUGUGUACUUACAGCAUACUUAAAUUCAUUUUUUUGCUUAGCGGACCUUAUUUGUGCAUUGAUAUUUGUCAAUAAAACUCAUGGAUGCAA